AAUUUUGCCAGCUAUACAACUUUUCAUUCUUCCUUGAUACAACGGCCCCUAGUAAGAAGCUGCAUCCAUCGAACGUGAUCUCAUACCUCGAAAGAGGAAAAUUCACCAAAGUUUAUUAUCUACAAGAUGAUAUUUGGCAGCCACCGCGCACUGACGUCUUCCUGAGGCAUAAUUUCUCCACAAGACAAGAUGUUCCCAAUUUACUGGAGGACUUCACAAUUUGUUACUGGGUGCGACUUCAGCAGCUGAAUUCUGUCAUCAUCCACGUAUCUUACGCCACAUCGGACGACAUGGACAACGCCUUAACUCUAUUUCAAACACGAAACUUUCAUGCCUACAACUAUAAUGAACUUGGGGUUCAACAGUACCAGCUCACAGCUACCAUAGAAAUGCAUUCUUGGAUCAACUAUUGCUUCAGUUUCAGUGAUGAAUAUGGUUUCAAAGCGUAUCUUAAUGGAAUCCUGACUUACACAGAUGAAAAACUAAAAAGUUUUUUCAAAGGUUUGCCUCUUAAUGGGACUCUAAUAAUCGGGCAAGAGCAGGAUGCCCUCUCAGGCUCAUUUUCGAAAAGCGAAAUCUUACGAGGAAGGAUAGCACAAGUCAAUAUUUGGAGUCGCCUGCUAAAUGAGACUGAAAUAAUAUCAUUUAGGGACUGUCGUACGCUAGAAAUCGGUGAUAUAUUUUCAUCUGAUGAGCAUAGUCUUGAAAUUUUUAAUGUGGAUUCUAAAAUCGUCAGCUCAACCUCAUUGUGCGAAAAAGAUUUGUUUGUAACUUUGAUCGGAGGCGUCAAUUCUCGUGCAGAAACUUUCGAAAUGUGCGACCAAUUUGCUUGCAAGCUCGUCGUUCUUGAAUCCGAAUUUGCACUCUUGGAGUUGACGCAAAACUUCCAAAAUCCCCACGUCACCUGCAGAGCCACAGCUAAUAUUUGGUUAGGCCUCAACGACAGUGAUGAAGAAGGCGUGUGGAGGCGAGACGUCGAUGGAACGAUUGCAGAUUACCUCAAUUUCGGCUACCCUGAACCUGAUGGUGGUAAGAACGAGAACUGCGCCGGUCUUUUCGUUCGAAAUCCUACUUGGUAUGACUGGGCGUGUGAUGAUCGCCGAGUGUCGUGCGCUGUAUGCCAAAGAGUGCCAGGCAGGUUCAUGCGACUACGUGGAUUAUGCUUUGCAUCAGCGGAAGAAUCUAUAUUUGAACUCUCGGGAUACGAACAAGUGGGUUCUGUUACGGAACCAAUGUGGUUUUGUGAAAGGAACUUCGAUUUUGUUGAGUCUUUCGUCAUGCUCCGAUGA